AACAAGGCGAAGCCCCCCCUCACGCACGCACGCGCGGGCGGCAGCAUCAUCGGUGCGCCUUCAGCGGUGAACGCUCGGGAUCGGCGGCAGGAUCAUGGAGUCCCGGCUGGAGAUGUAGCUGCCAGGAUGCUGCUCCACAGAGUCUGUCUUCUGCUCCUGCUCGCCUCGGUCUGCACGGUUCGGGAGGCUCUGGCCAAAUCCGUGCCAGACCAGGGAGCCCUCGAGGUGCAAAUAAAAGUGCAGGUUUUUGACAACAGUGACCUGUCCCCGUUGGCGGACGCUCAGGUGAGCGUUCAUGGUAAUAAGACCCUCCUGGCGUCCAGCCGUGCUGGGAGUGACGGCGUGGUGCGAGUCAGCUUCCAGUACCGCACAGGCACGUGGGUCAUCAUCACCGCCUCCAAGCAGGACUACGUCACCAACUCGGUGCCCUGGCACUCCAGCCGCAUCCCCCUGUACGCAUCUGUCAGCCUGUACCUUCUAGUCCAGAGGCCAGGAACUCUUAUCCUGUAUGAAGAUGUCCUGCAGGUUCUUUCUGGAUCUCCAGGGACUCGUAAUCAGCCGCUGGUGCAGCUCCAGAGGAAGUCCAUUCAGCUGCCCCCCACGUCCAAUUAUACUGCACUGUCUGCUGCGCUGACCACAGCCAGGAGUCAGUAUGAGAUCGGAGGUUUCCCUUUCCUCCUGGGCCAGGACACCAACAGCUCAGGAGCAGAGACGGGCUGGGCUGACCUGACGGCGCUGGCUGUGGUCAGUGUUCAACUCUACGACAAGGAUGGAAGUGCCGUCAAAGUGUCAGAUCCCAUCCACGUCUCUGUGCCGCUGCCGUCUGACACGCGGAACAGGAUGGCCACCAGUGUGCCUGUCUGGCUCUAUCAACCAACCAGCGGACUGUGGGUUCGGAAUGGGACUGGUUACAUUCAAAAGGACGGUAAUCAGUUUGUGUGGAACGUGGUGGUUCCCCAGAUGGGAUACUGGUUGGCAGCCUUUCCUUCAUCUUCAGGUUUCAGUCUGUCUCACCCGGGAUUGAGGGACAUCACCACCUACCACACCCUGUUCCUGCUCUCCAUUCUUGGUUCAUUGGCCCUCCUGGUGCUCAUACUGCUUUGUGUUCUGCUUUACUACUGCAGGCGUAGGUGUUUAAAACCCCGACGGCAGCAAGGCAAGCCCCAUAUGUCCAAUCUAAAUGGCGCGAAGCGAGACCAGGGGACAUCCACGUCCCGUCUAAACCUGAUCUGUGGAGGCCACGCUGAGUCAGGCUCCUCCAAUGACAAAUCCGAGUUAUCCCCAUCUCGAGACUACCAAAGUUCAAGGGAGGACUUGACGAAGCACGUUCCAGCCCACAUGCUGCGACACACAAAGGGAAAAAAUACUUCUACUUCCCAACGAGGAGAGAGCUUCGCCAUGAAGGUCACCCGUGCUACAGAAACCAACAACCUGGACAACCCUUUGCUGAGUGAGGACUACAACCGCAGCUACAGUCCCAAGGAGGGCAAAGAUUCGGAAUAUCACAAACACCACAACGACAAUCGCGGAUAUUCAUCGGAUCCCCCGUCCCCCCCUCGCUUCCAGGGUUACGUGCCAAGUCAGUCGGACAAGCCUCCAGAAUAUUCUGCAUCAGCAGCAGACAACCUUGCCAGACCCACUUCUCUCAACACCCAACCAGGUCAGAUUAUCUUCUGCAGCUCCAUCGACCAGAUGAAAGAAAACAUGUACCGAAGCAUGGUGCCGACCCUGGUCAUCCCGGCACACUACAUGCGCAUUCCGUCUGAGUUCUCUAGUAAGGAUGGCAAAGACCAGAAAGACCAGGACAAAGACGCACAGAUGGGGGGAGGUCAGCACCAUCACCACCACCACCAUUCUCAGAAACAAGGCCAGCAGCAGCAACAGGGAGGAUCUCAAGGUGACGAUUCAGAGGAACCAAGCUGGGCUUCGGACUCGUCUGGUGGAGCUGUGACCAUCCCAGUACUUUUCAAUGAUUCUACGAUGGCUCAGAUGAAUGGAGAACUGCAGGCUCUAACUGAGAAGAAGCUUCUAGAAUUGGGUGUGAAGCAGCACCCGCGGGCGUGGUUCAUCUCUCUAGAUGGACGGGCUAACGCUCAUGUGCGCCACUCAUACAUAGAGGUUGGGAAUGAUCUUAGUGGUGGGGGGUUUGGAAGUGGUUCCAGUGGCGUUCAAAGAGACAUCAACCUUGAGCCGCCCCUGGAGUCUCAAGAGCGAAAAUCCGGAGCCAACAGGAAGGUUAAAGAAGAGCGCUGGGGGACAGGAGGGCGGAAGGGCCUUGGUGUUCCCAGCAGUGGCGGAAAGAGUUAUUCGAAGCUGGCCUACCCCGACCACAGCGAACAAAGCAGCAUCGAGGGACGCCCGGUGUCCCCUGAGGAGAAUUCUCUCACCCCUCUUCUGGACGAAGGGGCAUCCUCGCGAGGAUCCACCAUCACCAGAAGAGGCCGAAGCCGCGUGAACAGCAGCCGCAGCAGCAACAGUGAGAACAGGCGGGACUCCAUGACCAGUCCUGAGGACGAUUCAGAGGACAAAGACGAGAACAAGAAGAGCCCCUGGCAGAAGAUCGAGGACAGGCCUCUCAUGGUCUUCCACCCCAGAAAGUAAGUUUUUACUGAACACUGGACCUUCAACACACAGAGGGGAGACUUUCCAGACCCAAAAUGAAGCAAGGCGGCGUUUUCCCAGAGGAGGAUCCCAACAAUCACCACUGCUCUGCUGGUCUGUUCUCUGAUGGUUUGACUUUCCCACCAUGUUCUCCAGCCAGUCUCUGUCCGUCUCUCUGUUUUCUACUGUUAUAGACUGAUUCUGUCCAGGUUGUGUGCAUCCUGUCACAUCUCUAAACAUGUCCGAGCCACCGACUGGAAAUAGCCAUUUUAAAGAGGAAAAUGUAAAAGACAAUUUGAUAACUGAUUGAUAUUUAGUAAAUAUUUGUGAAGGUUAAGGUCCUGUUGUUAAGGAGAGCUGAACUUCUUGAGUUUUACUGCUGUUGGUGAAUUCCUUCAGAACUACUGUAUUUUCUGGAUUAUAAGUCGCACCGGAGUAUAAGUCGCAGGAGCAAAAAACGUCUAAUCAAGAAGAAGAAAACUAUGAAUAAGUCACUCUGGAGUAUAAGUUAGACUUUUAUAUUUGCCAUGGCAAAAAAUAAAAGCAUGAAUAACAAUACUUUGCCAUGGAAAUGAGAAAAAUAUCAAAAUUUAAGAGGAAAACAAACAGAUUCUAAUCAGUGUUUGUUUUGGACAACACUACUUCUUCUGGCACUGCCAGAGAAAAUUCAGCGCCCUCUGAUGGUUGUUAGCGGAAAACAACCGCUAAAGGGCAAACGGUUUCAAGUGGAAAAAUAACAAACAUAUGAGAAUAUUUAUGUUUGUUUAAAAAACACACACACAAAGUCGCUCCUGAGUAUAAGUGGCACCCCUGGCUAAACUAUGAAAAAAACUGCGACUUCUACUCCGGAAAUUAUGGUACUUGAAUUAUAGUAAAACGUCAAGAGUCCACUUAUCCUGAAGAGCAGAACCUUCUGGUUUUUGACAUUUAUAUGUAAAUAAAUCAGAUUCCCUUUCUGUGUGAAUUUUGCACAAAGUUUUCUUAUUUGACCUGAAUUGUAUGUAGAACCUGUUCUAUUGAAAAAAGCAGAAGUUGUCUGAACCCUGAAAGAGUUUGAAACCCGUCACUCGUCAGUUUCUCACUUCACUCCAUCAUGCAAGCUGCAUUUUUCACCUGAUUUCCUCUUGUACAGGUCUAUAGUAAUGCCGCUCAUCAUUUAAAUACCAAUGGCUGGAAUAAUCAAGCAUCAGUAUCUGUCUAUCACUGACUUCAUUGGUUUCUGUAGAAUUCUGCCAAAUACUUCUGCCUUUUUCUGGGACUUAAUCAGCAGACUUUCUUGUAAAUAGCCUAACAGACAUUUAAAAGGUGAUCCUAUUGGAAUAGGAAGGCUGCAUGCAGAUGAAUGUAUGAAGUUAACUGAAGGCACCAACAGCUACCCGUCCUUGUUGGCUGCCUUUGUAGACACCACCCUAUUUGCCAAGAAGUAUGUGAAAGUCAGCCAAACAGCCACUUCACUUGAAGACUCACCGCUGAGAUCCGUGCAGUUGCUCGUAGACGGGGCCUGGACCCCUUUCUCUACUGUAAGUGCCUUCUUUCACAAAGAUGGAGUGACAGGCAUGCCCUUUAAAAUGCAGCUUCUGUCACCUCGACGUAGCUGUCCAGAUCAGCAGACACUAAAGCACACGCUGCAUUUUUGGCAAUGACAACACCUGCCACUGGAAAGCAUGCCUGCCAAAACUGACAACUUUUUGUGGCUGUUUUGUCACUGAUUAUCUAAAUUUCUGGUCCUCUUUUUCAACAAACUUGUAAAUGGUAAGAUAAAUUCUUAGGGAACUGAUGUGUAUACGAUGUGCAUGUAAUAUGUAGAAUAGGCUGUUUUUAAUGAAACCUUUUUUGAGACAAUUGUGAGGAUUUUUGGCAAAAACGUGCUUCACAGACGCACUGACACGCGUCGCCAAAUGAACUCUGGUAUAUGAAGAAACACUGACUUUCCCUCAGUCUAACGAAACUCACUUCCGGUCGUUAAUGUUUACAAGAAUAACAUACUGACCACCACGCUCCUGCCGUCACUGCCUGUGGCACAUCAGUAACUGUGAACUUGAAAAUGUUUUCCGUUGUUCUUUUUCUUUUGCUGCAAAGUGACAGUUUGCCUUCCAAGAGAAAAUGUUGGGAAGUUCACACAGACAUGUUUCUGUUGUUUGCUUGCUGUUCAUAAGCCUGUACCACCUCGCCUGCGGCGCCAAUCUAAAGGAUGAGCCAGCCAUGAAACCACUCCUGCUGAAAGUUCUUGUCCACUGCUGUAAAUGUACAAGUUUUCAAACCAUUUAUGGAAUAGCUAAGAGUUGUAAAGUAGUGACUCUCCUGUCUUGGUUUCUGUUUUGCAGUCAAACCCGUGUUUUUGUUUCCUCUGUGGAUUUUGUGAAUUUGUGCAUUGGAGAAUAUUCAGUCACAUAAGAUUCGUGAAGAAAUGAAUCGGGUCAAACACUUCAAAGCUGACACCCAACUAAACUGGUUUUAAUCCAGUUUAUGAGGCUGAGGAGGAUUAAAGUGCAGGCUUUUAUUCUGUGCAGAAAAACAUUUGCUUUAUAAACCCGGUCAGGUAUUUGUAAACUGUACAUUAAUUAUUUCUGUACACAAAACAACUUACAAAUAAAUUUGUUCCCACUGUA